UGUUUCUUUUUCCUGCAGAAGAUAAGAUCAAAUCCCCUCUCUCUUCCUCCAAAUAAAUUAAACAACAGUCUAAUUAUUUUAUAACCCCAAAUUCUUUUAAAAAAUGUUGUUGGAAGAUGCCCAGUUCAUGUCUGAUCUCAAGGUUCUUGAAUCCAUUCGGCAACAGCUGAUGGAUGAUUUCGAAAUCCCCCCCGAAAUCCCGCCCGGUUGCUCGGAUGAGAGUUGGACGGGACGGUGGCGGUUUCCGCCUCCGGUAACGGAGGCGGCUGCCGUGCCCGGUACGGGCUUCCGAGAUUUUCCCUUGAUUUUGGACUUCACGGCGGUGCAGGCGCCGCCGUCGCCGCCUGCUGCGGCGGCGGAAACGCGGAAGAACUACAGGGGCGUGAGGAGGCGCCCUUGGGGGAAGUUCGCCGCCGAGAUACGGGACCCGGCGAAGAACGGCGCCCGGGUGUGGCUCGGGACCUACGAGACCGCGGAGGAUGCGGCGGUGGCUUACGACAGGGCGGCGUUCCGCAUGCGCGGAUCGCGGGCCCUGCUCAAUUUCCCACUGAGGAUCAACUCCGGGGAGCCGGAGCCAGUUAGGAUCACAUCGAAGAAGAGGACGGCCUCGCCGGAUUGUUCUUCGGCGUCUUCGGCAAUGGUGCCGGAAAACACUCCUCCUAAGAGGAGGAACGGCGGCGUUGCUCACGGAGGCUGCCGCUAGAGUACGGAGGGGUUGAUAUCUUGUACGUCAUUGGUUUUGUUUUGUUUCAAAUUUUCAAUGUGUUAGAAUGAGAUAAUCAAUUGAUUCUAUUCAAAGAAUUUGUUUCACCCACUCCUUUUAAAUAACACUCAUUUCUCUAGAUAACAUUUAAAUUGUUUUAUUCUCUUAAUAACACUUAAUAAUAUUC